AUGGCAAAUUUACCCGCAACAGUAAACAAUACAGUGUAGCCAACAGUAGUCUCGAAAGUGUCAAUCGUCCCGAACGUCAACAUUUUAAAAAUAAAUAAUGGCAGACGAGGAGAAGAAGAUUUCUUUUGGAUUUUCGAAAUCAAUAAAAAAACCAACUUUAAAAAAUGUACCGGCACCGGAAAAGAAAAAAGUCGAGUAUAUCCAGUGUGUGGAUGAUAAAAAUUUCAAAAUAAUAGGCAAAGAAGAAGAGGUAAAAAACGAACUAGUAAUUCCUAUGACUGGUUCAAAGACUUGGCAUGAUAGAAUUGUUAACAAAGUAGAUGCGGACAUUUAUGAGUCAAAAACGAAAAAUAGUGAAUUAGUUAUCAAACAAGAGAAGCAUGAUGACAUACAGAAUGGCACAACAUCAAAAAGUGAAUUGCCAGUUCCAGUAACUAAUAUUAAAAAAGAACCCGAUGAUGAAAAACCAUUAACAUUAGAAGAGCAAGCUGCUCGUGAAAUAAUUUCUGACCUCAGUUCAGAAAAACCUAAACCAGAAAAUAAUCUCACCGUCCCAAUAGGUAAUGAAGACAAUUUAGUAGGACAGGAACAGUCUACAUUAGAAGACUAUGAAAAUAUUCCAAUUGAACAAUUUGGCAUAGCCAUGCUUAGGGGAAUGGGCUGGAAGCCAGACAAAGGCAUUGGUAAAAAUGAAAAAGUUGUGGCACCGGCUAUACCAGAACUACGUCCAAAAGGCAUGGGACUUGGAGCAGACAAAUUAAUUGUUCAGAAAGCCCGUUCGAAGAAAGCAAACCAAGAAGAAGGAGAAUUAAAACUAAAGAAAUUUGGUUAUGUGAGAAUUUUAGCUGGCAAAAAUGCUGGUCUUUAUGGUCAGAUAGAAGGAUUUGAUGAACAAGACGCUCGUUUAAUGAUUAAACUGGCACUAGGAGGAGAUGUUAUAAAUAUAGGCGAACAACUGGUUGAACCUGUAACUGCUGACGAGUAUUUGCGCCUCUCAAAGGUUUUAAAUAUCAACAAGUACCAAGAAUAUAAAAAUAAUGAACGUGCAAAGCCUGGUAUAUCCAAAGAUAUUGAUGAAAAAAAUGGUAGAAGAAGUAGAUCCAAAGAAAGAUAUACAAAAAAGAAGAAAAGAGAUUCAUCUGAUAGUAGCUCAGAAUCAAAAAAAGUCAUGAAGAAAAGGAGCUCAUCAAAAAGUAGACAUAGAGAUUCAUCUGAUGAUAAUAGAGAUGAAAAACCAAGAAAAACUCACAGAAGAAAUUCUUCUGACACUAGUGAGGAAGAUUAUAAACCUAAAAAAUCAAAAAAGUCUAAGAAACACAAAAAUCGUGACAUUUCAUCAGAAAGACUAAGUCAUAAAAAUAGAAAAAAAGAGAAAGAACGUGAAAAAACGAGGCAUAGAAGAUCAGAUUACUCAGAUCCUUCUGAAAGAGCUAGGAAUAAGCAUCGUAGAAGAUCUAGAAGUUCAAGCCGUUCUCCAAAGUCGAGAAGAAGAGAAUAACUCAGGUAUUCAUCUGAUUGAUGAGUAUAUUUAUGUAAAUGAAUCCUAUGGAUUCAUCAAGGAUUAUCUAUUUUCAUAAAUUUUUAUUCGAGACCUAGACGUUUAAAAAAAAAAUUAUUUGCUUGUGAUGCUUAUUUUUUAUCAAUUAUUUUUUUGGUAAUAUUAUCUAGAAGUAUUAAAUCUAGAAUACUAGAAAUAUUAAAUGUGGUCAUAACGUUUUGAUUCGUGUACAUAAAUUCUAAUCAAUUUUUUAAAGAAAUUCAUAUCCACUCUCCUCAAAGUAUGAACAUUUGUUCAUAGUUAAAUUCUAAUAAUAAAUAAUUAUUCAAAUGUCAUGUGUGUGUUCAAUCAAUUAACAAAGAACAUUUGAAAGAAAAACUAUGUUAAUAAAGUGAAGAAGGCAAGUAAA